AUGGAUCUCGACGCCGGUGACUCCCCGUGGGGCGACGUGCCUUCGCAAUCUAGCAGCAGCCGUGAUGCCCCACGGUCUGAACUCGAAGAAACCACUCCCGAUCAACCUACACAGCAAGCUAGCUCCGCUGCCCCCCGUUCUCCCGUACGACGAGGCCCCCGAGGCACCCGCAGAAUCAAUGCGCAGGCAACCAAACUAGAAGCCGUGGAUGAUUCGUUCGAUCCGCUGGGUCCGCUCGGAGACAAGGCGGAGAGUGGCCCCCAUGAACAAGCACCUACCCCGCCGCAGAAGGAGGCCUUCUCAGGGCGCAAUGUUCGUCCGACAUCAUCCGCAUCCCAAGCAUCCAGCGGCACUGGUUUGGCGGAUUCCGUGAACCUGGAAGAGGACGGUGCAGGGUUUCGAGGACCCCCGCCGGUACAACUCCCUAGCGAUGUGGAAGGGUCGAAACGUCAAUCCCAGCCCAGUAUCAGUGUGGAAAAGGCUGCGAACCCGACUUUUGACAUCACUGUUGGUGAUCCGCACAAAGUGGGAGAUCUUACCAGCAGUCACAUUGUAUAUCAAGUGAGAACCAAGACGUCUUCCAAGGCAUACCGACAACCCGAAUUCACCGUCAGUCGCCGAUACCGCGACUUCCUGUGGCUGUAUAACUCGAUGCACAACAACAACCCCGGUGUUGUGGUCCCCCCUCCCCCGGAGAAGCAGGCGGUAGGCCGAUUCGAUACGAACUUUGUCGAGACCAGAAGAGCUGCCCUGGAGCGUAUGCUGAACAAGAUCGCGGCGCACCCUAUUCUUCAGCAUGACGGCGACCUCAAAAUCUUCCUUGAGAGCGAAACGUUCAACAUGGACGUCAAGAACAAGGAGAAUCGGGAACCAGAUCUGGGCCAGAGCAAGGGUAUGUUCAGUUCGUUCGGUAUCAACGUUGGCGGUGGUGGGAAAUUUGUCGAACACGAUGAUUGGUUCCACGACCGGAAGAUCUACCUGGAUGCUCUGGAGAAUCAACUCAAGGCAUUGUUGAAGUCCGUUGACACGGUGGUUGCCCAGCGCAAGGGAUUGGCCGAAGCUGCAGGUGACUUUUCGGCUUCCCUCCAUGCGUUGGCAGCUGUCGAGCUGUCCCCGGCACUUUCUACUCCUCUGGACGGUCUUUCCGACCUGCAGCUGCGCAUCAGAGAGCUGUACGAGCGCCAGGCGCAACAGGAUGUCCUGACCCUGGGCAUUACGAUCGAUGAGUAUCUUCGUCUGAUUGGAAGUGUUAAGACGGCCUUCAACCAGCGACAGAAGGCCUUCCACAGCUGGCACGCAGCGGAAGCAGAGAUGCAGAAGCGCAAGCACACCCAGGAGAAACUUCUCAGGCAAGGCAAGACCCAGCAGGAUCGUCUAACUCAGGUCAAUGCCGACGUGGCGGACGCCGAGAGGAAGGUUCACCAGGCGCGGUUGUUGUUCGAAGACAUGGGCCGGCUGAUGCGAAAUGAGCUGCAACGAUUCGAGAAGGAGAAGGUCGAGGACUUCAAGUCUGGCGUUGAGACUUUCCUGGAGAGCGCGGUUGAAGCCCAGAAGGAGUUGAUUGAGCUCUGGGAGACGUUCCUCCUGCAACUCGAUGCGGGCGACGAGGGCAAUCCCCUAUACGCCCCUGCGGGCAGCGAUGGUCCCACGCAGCCUGCAGUCGAAGGAACGGCCCCGGCAUCCACGGCAGAAGAGGCAUAG